UCCGGUAGCGCCGCCAUCUUAGACUCCUCUGUAUUCAGGAGAGAGUAGUAGCGUAGUGUACGCACUUUUCUUAGUGACGUAUGACAAAUUCGGAGGGCGGGGGCACAGAGCAGCCUCCGUAGGCUGGGUAAGCUCUCAUCCUGAAUGCAGACAAGACUAAGAUGGCGGCGCUACCGGAAGGUAUUUAUUUUCGUUAAUAAAGUUUUAAAUAUGGAUAUUUCUACAACAACACCGCGCGGAUUACCCUCAGAAGACCUUUGUUUAUCAUCUUGGAGCAGUUUGGAUUUAAUUUGUGAAGGAUGGACGCACUUUUUUUGGACUUGAAGGUUGUGGACUAUGGGUGAAUAUUUUCUAAAAUAUCCUAAAAUGUGUUUGUCUGAAAAACGAUGGACAUAUGCAACUCGGACAGCUUGGGGGUGAGUAAAUCAUGGGUUUAAUAUCGUUUUUGGCCGAACUAUCCCUUUAAGUCAAUAUUUCAUUGAAGAAAAGCAUUUACAUUUAUCCAUUUGACAGACAGUGCAUUCAAUUUAUAAAUUUGUAUCUAUAUUUUAUGUACUGUAAUAUUAAAGUAAACUUUAGCUGCCCUGCCAAAUGUAGUAUGAGUACUUGGAAAUAACUAAUAUUAUUUUAAUGAUUUGUAAUAACGAUACAACAAUGGCAUAAAGGCCAAAGUAUUUUUGCAAAUUCUCAGAAGAGCCUAUGUUAAAAUAUUAAUAGAAUAUUUGGUAUCUACACUCAUAAGUGUUUAAACUAAGUGCACAGAAUAAAGAUAGUCAUAGUCAGUAGUACAAUAAUUACAUCAAGAACUACCAUAAUAUACAAAACAGCCUGGGGGUUUGGCUUAUGUAUAAAAACAGUGAUGUGAAUGAAAGGUUGAAAUAAUAUUAUAGUUUAAUUAAACCGAAUGUUGAUCAAAUCAAAUAAACAUACCUAUAUGGGGAGUGAUCUUGCUGUCAGCCAACGAGAGUGGCGCGCUUUUUCUUCACAUUUCUAAUGAAUAAAUUCAAGGGGUGGGUCUUCUCUCUCUCUCUCUCUCUCUCUCUCUCUCUCUCUCUGCAGAAAUCACUACAGGACAGACUGUUUCUCAUCUUUGGAGUAUUUUAUUUCAUAGAAAUGGACAUUCGUUACACAGACAAGAAUAUCUAUUUUCAAUAACAUUUUAAUAAGCGGUUUACGUAUUUAUUCAAGCUGCGCUUUUAUCCAGGCUGUUUGAAGUGGGAUCUUGGCAAAUGGGCCGUGCAUAGGAAAAGCUAGAUGCGUGCCGUUAUAACCUUUUUUUCUGGACGAUAUCAAUACCGGAAACCUGACAAUAAACAUCUGAAUAUCGAUUAUAAGAAGAGCUGUCUACGUAAAAAUACCACAGAUGAAGACCGGGAUAUAUUUUAUUGAUGUGGUGUAUACAUUCAUACAGCACUGGUUAUUAAAUCGUUUCAAUUGAAACUCUGAUCACUUAAUAUAAUUUACGUUGAUAUUGAUUAUUUAUUGCCAUAUUCUAAUCAUGAUGAUGGGUGUAAGAGGGGCGCGCGGCAUCUCAACAUGACAGGUAAAGAAAUUCACACCAAUAUAAGGUGCCAUUCAUCACCUCAUGUUGCUUUGCAUGUUAAUGACCAAUUGAAAUCAAAUAAAUGAGUAUUUUAAGUAUUAUGUUAUCUAUGUUUUAUUUUUUGACCUGGUUUACCCGCUUAGUCUGAUUCAUAGGCUAUCCGCCCUUUUGUAGUAUCUGAUGAAUCAGAUUCAUAUGACAUAUCUCUUCAUCAUCUACCUGUCUGACAUAAUGGGAUUAAUCGUACACUAUUUGAUUUAUGGGAAUCAUAAUAACAUUAAAUUUGGAUAGAUAGAUAGAUAGAUAGAUAGAUAGAUAGAUAGAUAGAUAGAUAGAUAGAUAGAUAGAUAGAUAGAAUAGAUAGAUAGAUAGAUAGAUAGAUUCAAUAUCUACCUUUACAAAUAUUUAUGAAUACCUUUGUUUCAGUAACUGUGGUAUUUCUCGUAAAACCAUAGUAACCACAAAUUUACUAUUGUCUUAUUAUAGUAUACAAAUUUGCUGGGUUGUUUCAACCCAUGGUUGGGGUUUAAAUGAUAUAUAAUGUUCAAUCCAACCUAAUCUUCUAACAGCCUAUGUUUUCCUCCUCAUAGCAAUGUAUACAAAUGGAAGGAUACCAAUCAGGAAGACCUGUGGCCAUCCAGGAGAAAUGUUGUCAGGGUCGGAUGCCAUGUCUUGAAUAACAAACGGGCAAAAUGGAAAGCUCGUAUUCAAGGAUGAUCCAGAGAAGGUCACAGCCUCUGCUUGGAUGUUGCUCGGUUCUGCUCAUGGCUGUUAUGCUGUGGAGCUCCCGUCCAACAUGUCCAGAAGAAGCCUAGGUCCACUUCCAGCAAGAACACAUUCACCUUUUGCCUUAUCUUCACCCCCAUUAUCUCAGCGCUCUGAAAGAUCUAAGCGUCCAGCUCAUGCCUCAUCAGGUGCCAAACAUCCCGUCCAAUUGUCUCCCUGUCUUCAUAACAGAACGUCCAGCAUUGCACCCACACCUUCCCUUGGCACAGAGGGGUCAGGUAACUUAGAAGAUGGGGCUCAGGGCAUCCACCUGCUGUUACGGCCACCUGAUCUACUGACACCUAGCCAGAUGCCUCCUUUCCGUGAUGAAAGGCCACCAACUCCGACCCCUCCGACCCUUGUGGCACAUGAAGACCUGUAUCCCGUCCACUCUGCCGAGGUAGACUGGGGUUCUGGAGAUUAUUUGGAAACUCUUACAUUCAUGGGUUCUGAAGGAGAGGAGUUUUCACUCGUCACCACCUUACCCACGCAUGGAUACGAUCCGUAUGAUGCUGAUGAUGACAUCACGGUCAGCUAUAACACGGCUUUCCCUUCUCGUCAGAUUCUUCCUCUUUCUUCUAUAGACCUCCAACCCAGUGCGACUGUUAAGUAUGUCACUGACUUAAGGACAGCCCAUUCUACUGAUCCCCGCCUCCCAUUAGCUCCUGACUCCUCCCAUACAGGCUAUUCGGAUGAUGACUUGGAUUUUGAUUGGGCAGAGCUUUAUCCUAUUGAGCCAACUGAGAUGCUGCUUCCUGACAUGAACAGUUUGGAAUAUUACAACACAUUGCAAGCCAAAGAAAAUGCUAGUAUUGCGAGGAAUAAGACCCAUUAUGCCCACCCUCACAUCACACCAACGCACACUGUGGUACCCACCCACAUUCCCACUGCCAUUUUGGGAGAAGGUGUGGUUAAAGGGACGGAUCAUAUCGAUCAUGACGCUCCGCAACCUAGUCCAUCUCCAACCCCAAAACCCACUAAGACUCCUAUCACAUCAACCUCCAAUACUCAUCCACCCUCUGAAGUCCCAUUCACUCCAGAGAAAGGUGUUUCUUCAAUACCAACAUUUCAUUUCGGCAGAACUCGACCCUCAGUGACGACCGCCCAUCCUCCACAAGAGUCUCCGGUAACACAAGCAGUCACGCUGAAGCCCCCAGCUGCUGCGAAACCCCAUGCCACCACCAUCAAAACAGAAACCACAACUAAAACCUCAACUAUCAGCAGCCCCACUAAAAGUCCACUGCCUACAACUCCCAGAAUUCCUCUCUCCAUUGCCCCUCGACUGUAUAUCUGCAACAUCACCAAACCAGACAUGUACCUUGUCAGAGUGGGUAUGCCAAGCGGAUCAUCAGUGGCGUUUGCCAAAGCACAUGUGAGGGAGAUUCUCAGACGAGAGUACAACCGCUCGAUAGAGUUACAGGUCCUUAAAGCCCCACCCAAUUUCAUUUUCCGGACAGUUUCUGGUCCACUGGUAUACACUGCUAUGUCAGUCAUCAAUUCUCUCCGCCAAUCAGCACAGAGCUCUUCCUCUUCAACCAUUUUAUCUGUCACACCCAUAUACGCUGUUCCAGAUUACAAACAUCAGGUCCACACAGUGCUGCAGUUUGUACCGAGUCACGUGGACGUGCGUCUCUGUAGCUUUAGCGAGCGCGUGGAGAAAGGGCUGCUCAUGGCGUACGCCGAAGUACGCAAACAUUCACAGGAAAAUGGGAAUUUCACUGUACAUAUUGUGAAUAUUACCAGUAGCCUUCCUAAGGGUCAACGGCAGCAAAAGGCACCAGUGGACAUCACCUUUGCUGUGCGUGAUUCCCAGGGUUUCCUGACGGGAUCGGAUGUGAGUUCCCACAUGAGGCAACUCAGUGCGGUUGAGUUUAGCUUCUACCUCGGUUUUCCCACCCUGCAGAUUGCGGAGCCUUUUCAUUACCCUGAGCUAAACGUGUCCCACCUGUUACGUGCAUCCUGGGUGAAAACAGUGUUAUUGGGUGUAUUGGACCAACGUGUGAAUGAAAGGACUUUCCAGGCCAGGAUGGAAAGGCGAUUAGCCCUGCUGGUUGGGGAAGGACUUGGAAUAGGAGUUGGUAAUCGACGCUGGAGAAGAGCUGCCAGUAUUGGCAACAACAGUGUACAGAUUGUGCAGGCAUCUCGUCUGGAUGGGCUGGACUUUCCACUGGAGCUGGUGUAUUUUGUAGAGGCAGGGCCAGGAGAGCGACUGCCGGCACAGACCACUGCCGCCCUGCUCAACAGACUCAACCUGCAGAGAGCUGCUAUUGUACUGGGUUACCGGGUACAUGGUGUACUGGCCACACCGGUAGAGAAGCUGACAUUGCCUCCCUCAGAGACGCAGCCCAGUAAUGUGUGGUUGAUCGUGGGUGUCGUGGUUCCAGUUCUGGUGGUCAUCCUCAUCAUCAUUAUCCUCUACUGGAAGCUGUGUCGCUCUGAAAAGCUAGAGUUUCAGCCAGAUGCUAUGAGCACCAUCCAGCAAAGACAGAAGUUGCAGCCCCCUAGUGUAAAAGGCUUUGAUUUUGCUAAGCUCCACCUAGGGCAGCAAAGUAAAGAUGACAUCAUGGUAAUUCAAGAGCCCACCCCCCCACCCCUCCCUGUUAAAGAGGCCACACCCUCGGAGGGUGGAGAAUUGAACACACCCAAAUCAAAGAGUUCAUCCACUAAAGCAUCACGUGCAGCUCGGAGAAGGGGCAGAUUGUCUCCGUCUGAUGGCGAUUCAUUAGGAAGUGAAGCAUCCAGCGGUAGAGAAUCAGCGGAGGAGAGCACAAGACCUGCGGUGACACCAAGUGAAAGCAAACCUCAACAUCGCAAGAGCAAGCAUGCUAAAUCCAAACUGGGUGCUCAACAUGGAAGCGGUGUGGAUGAGCAACUGUCCUCAUCUUCUAUAUUCGAACAUGUAGAUCGUCUCUCUCGUGGUUCAUCGGAUGGAACACGCAGAGUGUCCAAUAAAAUACAGCUUAUAGCCAUGCAGCCCAUGCCGAGCCCUCCCGCUCACCCGCAUAACCAAGCUCUGAGCACCAGUCUAACAGAGAAACUGUCUGAUGGGUCAAAGGUCAACAGUGAGAUCCAAGUGGCCUUGAGGCACAAAUCUGAGAUAGAACAUCAUCGCAAUAAGAUCCGCCUGCGUGCCAAGAGAAAGGGCCACUACGAAUUUCCUUCUAUGGAGGAUAUCAUGGCUGCGUUCGGCGACAGCUCCGAGCAGCAGCGCAUUUAUCAGCAAGCCCAGGAGCAGAUACACAAGAUACUGCAUCCAGAUGAACAAACACCAUCAUCGUGUGGAGAGCCACGCAAGAGCUCUAGAGGUCGACGCUCUCCCAGACAAAGGCAGAGACAGAAUUUUGGUGGUAGCGGAAGUCUGAGAGACAAAGAUCGCCUCAUUACUGAUGGGGAUGCCACAUACAGGAAGUACCCUGGCGUCAACAAUGUGGCAUAUGUGUCUGAUGCAGACCAGCUCCCAGAUACAGGUAGCCCCUCCCCGACUGAUGAGGUGUUUUUAGACCCUGGAUCUCCGCCUUCAGGCCCUGCCCCUGCCCCGCCGGCCUACGUCCCCCAUCAGCCAACCAUCGAAGAAGCACGGCAACAGAUGCACUCCUUAUUGGAUGACGCCUUUGCUCUCGUCUCACCCUCUUCUCAAGGAAGCCCUGCCCCUUUGACAUUCACAGGCGUUACUGCAGUCACUGGUGUUGGAGGGAUCAGUCCUGGUCAACCCUCUAGCCCGUCCUCUCGCCCGGCACGCCAGUGGGGCUCCUCCUCUUACCCAGCAGCCCCUGCACAUAGUCCUUUCUCUGCGAGGUAUGCUGAAUUAGGAAUGUCUCCUACUUCAGUCCAGAGUUUACUGCAUAGGCAGGCACAAGGGUACCUGCUGCCAGCAGAGAUGCAGUCUGAUCCUGGUUACUCCAGCAGGGGGCAGUUUGGAGAGGAGCUCACAUCGUCUGAUCGACCUCGACCAGUUGGGGGCAGCACAGGUGCACAGUUGCACCAGCUAACACAGGUGGGUUUGUCAAGUCGGAUUGGAUUAUAUCCUGGUGUUGGCCGUAGUGUUUCUGGACCCUCUGGAUCAAGUUGGACCCAAUAUAGAUCAGAUGAAGAGAUCUCAAGACCAGGAGCCAACCGGGAGGCUAUAUUGACAUUCCCAGAAUAUUCCUUAUCACCUGUAUUCCAGAUGCCAAGGACAUCACUGCAGGAUCCGACCACACCCCAGGCCCAUCUGGAACCCUCGAGCACAGUGUACGUCGCCCCUGAGGCGCAUUCACCACCUCCUCACUCCUCAGCUUCCCUCAUCAAAGCCAUCAGGGAAGAAUUACAGAGACUUUCUCAAAAACAGGUGGCUGUUGCAGGCUACCACAGUUGAGACAGACCAUCCCAAACCCCAGUCCUGAUGACUUCUUACUGCAGCUGCUACCUAAAAAUACUCACAUGGCUGCUUUUACACAAACCCUAACCAAAAUUGUACAAUCCAAGUACGGCUGGUCUGUUACAGUACACAUGAAUAAAUGGCACAGAUAUUCAAUAGGGAUAUUGUGAGGACAUCCACAUUUGAUGUUUUACUGCUUACUUGCAGAAAAUAAACUUCAAUACCCUCUCUUCUGACUUGCAAAUGAAAAACCAUACAUCUCUCAUCCAGACUGUUUAGAAUAGACAUACAGGCUCUCAAAUUGCAUGCUGAGAGCUGUGACUUUUUAAAGAUUUAGUGCUGAGUGUUGCCAAUGUGAAAGUCCCAAUCAGUUCCAAGUCUGUCAAAGUGCUUCCUUCCAGUGGCUCAUCUUUAUGUCUCCGGACCUGGUGCUAAAAAUCAUUUCUUUCUUCUGUUUAAUGCCACAAUUUAGCCUUGCCUAAAAAGGGGCAUCUCCUUUUGAUGCAGUCAUAUUUUAGUCUUUCCCCUGAUGUCCAUUUAUCAAAGAUGGCUAAUCAAUUGAAACAUGACUGUCUGUAAGAUGGUUUUGGGGUCUGGGUAUUGUAUUUUUUGUGGUUUUGAAAGUGUUAGUAUUUGUUAGGACUGUUGUUGCUGAAGUUACUCCACGUUGUCUUGUCUAGCUCUUGAGGGUAAGCUAGAUCAACAAGCAGCCUCUAGAAAAGGAUCCAGAUUGUUGUCAGCAUGAUUCUACACCAUUGCUUUAUCCAUCCCAAUGUCUUGUUUGAAGUAUGGCUAGGGUAAUAGUUUUCAAUGUACAAAUGAAGAGUUUGGUUCCAAAACCAGAUAACUAACUUUUGUCAAGACAUUUAGUUUAUUUUUAUGUUAUCAUGUUUUUAUUAUGCUACUUAGCUGUAUUUGUUUUAGUUAUGAAGGCUUAUUUCAAAACAAACCAACUGCAGUUUCUGAAAAGUUAUCUCGUUUUGGAACCAAACUCUUUACAUAUUAAUUUUGCACAUUUUCAUCUUUGCACAUUCGUAUCAUGUUGAUGAUGGAAGUCAAUCAGUUUCAGAGUUUAUUGUGGAAAAGAGAGAGUUUGUUAAUGAAGAACAGGUAUUAAUAUAACAAUAUAUGUAAUUUUAUAUUAUAUAAAACAUAUAUAGAUGGCUUAUAAAUAGAUAUUGCAUAUUCAUGAUGUAUUGAUCCAUUGAGCACAAUUUUGAUUAUAUGUUAUCAUAUUAGAUUUUAUUUAUUUUUUAUUGUUAUAAAGUACUAUGUAUUACCGAUGUUGGAAAAGUGUUGCUAUGGGAUAUUUUAAAAAAGACCAAAUCACUGUUGAAGCAUAGUUCCCUCAGCUUGGUAAUGCAGUAGGCAUUCUGUAUGUAUUUUUAAUGUAUAUGGUCAUGUGGACUUGCACAGAGCUGUUGUAAAGAUUCCUAUAAGGAACUGGUAUGUGCUGUAGGGAUAAAGGCCAUUUAUUUUUUACCUAACUCUCUGUCCUAGGUUUUGGUUUAACCCUUUAUUUCUUCUUAAUUUAAUUUUUUUUCUUCCAUUCUGCUUACACAAUCACUAAAACACCUGCAAUUUCAGGGAAUUUAAGGUGUAAGGUUUUCAGGCCUGGAGAAUUCAUGAUAAUCUUAAAGAUCAUUGAAGAGACAAUUAAAGAGAGCAUCAUCUCUAUAAAAAAUUCUUUACCAUUCUUAUCCCGUAAUUGCAAACUUGAAAUCACAUAUCUUUAUUUUUCUUUCUUUCAUUAUUUCUUUAUUUUGUGUAUAAAGGUGCCUGACAGGCCUUAAAUUAGGAAGCAUGUAAAGUGAUGGAUUCUGCUUAAUUUCUUCCCUUUUUUGUUUAUUUUGUGUGCUGUUGUCUUGAUGGGCAUGCUAAUAGUCUUAAAAAAGCAAAAUAUGACAAACAAGCUUGAUAGAAAUUAGCCUACUAUGAAAAACUGCUAUGUAAUGGUCCAUAAGACUUUACACCAGUGGUCAAAGCACAGAGAAACGAUUGAAAUAAUUUGAAAAAAACUUUUCAGUAUUUUACCAUUUAUAAACAUAUUUUUUGAAAGUAUUUGAAAUCAAUAUUUAUGAUAAAAAAUAUAUAAUGUAGGAAGAGUAUUAAUAUGUAAAUGAAAAUUUCUGCAUACUUAUAAAUAUUUAGUAUGUAGUCCUCUUAUAACUAAGAGGCAAAUAUCAUUGUUAGACCUCUUUUCUCACAGUAUGCAAAGACCAACAGGGAAUAUGUUUUUAUUAUUCUGCCCUGUUUUUGUUUUUAUCAAUCUGGCAGAUUUCACAAUGAAAACUGUAUGCAUUCAUAAACAAAAGUCAUUUGACUAACAUGGUGCUACUAAACUGUGUGUGUGUGUGUGUGUGUGUGUGUGUGUGUGUGUGUGUGUGUGUGUGUGUGUGUGUGUGUGUGUGUUGUUUUGUGUGAAACCAUCAUAACCUUACAACACUGAACUGAAUUUUAUCGCAUUUAUAGCAAUUAUGAUGUACAAAUUCUGAGAUAAACUGAAUUGUGUGUGCGUGCAAUAAUAUACCUCCACUGUCUCUAUGCCAGUGCCAUAGAGGAUGUCAUAGGAAUGUAACAGUUAAUCUUACAUAAAGUUCAUUUUUUAAUUUUGCUGUAUGUUAUUUUAAAUCCCUGAAAAUGUAAGGAUAUUAAAGAUACAGACACCAUCUUUGCAAUCCUAACGUAAUGGGAUGUAUACAAUAGGCUUAUAUUUCUCUUUAUCUUUCUCAUUGUGUCUUGAUUUUUCUCUCUUGGUCUCUGCAAACUGCAUCCCAGUAUUUGAUGUUUAAUGUGUCUAUAUUGUUGUGUAAACUAAACAAUAAACAAUGUGCCGUCAAUUAAA